GGGGGUGCUGGACUCAGGGUGAGGCGCGGGCAGUGGCGCAGAGAACGGGAGAGCGUGCUCGGAGCAAAGUGCAUGGCGUGGGCAAAGGCGUGGUGGCGAGGACGCCUGGGUGCAGCGUCUCAAGGUGGGCCUUUGUUCCGAGGCGCCCAGAGGCUCUGCUGCACCUGCACUAUAAUUGGAGCCUGCUGGGGAGCACGGCGAGGGUGGAUCGGAAGAGGAAGGGUUCAGUCCCUACGGAUUGAGGCGCAGGUUUCUGCCCCCGUUGCCCGGGCACGGAUUUGAAGUCCUUUAGGUGCUGGGUGAAAAAAGACGGUGAAGGGUGCUUGCGGCAGAGGUAACGGUACGUGCGGAGUUGGCCUGUUUAAGGAAUUGCCUGGAGAGCUCUGAGCUAAGGAGAGUCUGUUAGGUCUGAACAGGCUCCCUCUGGCUGUUGCGUCGGGAAUAGACCGGGAGGUGGGGGGACGCGAGGAGGUUACUGGGGGCAGUGGAAAUGUGCAAAGUGGUCUGAGGGGUCAGAUGUGGAUCAUGAAUGGCCCCAGCCAAGGAAAGGCUGUUUGGGCGUAAGGCACCCGAGGGGAUGGCGGCGGCGGAGGCGGUGCACCACAUUCACCUGCAGAACUUCUCCCGAUCCCUGCUUGAGACCCUCAACGGGCAGCGGCUGGGUGGGCACUUCUGUGACGUGACUGUGCGCAUCCGCGAGGCUUCACUGCGUGCACACCGCUGCGUGUUGGCCGCCGGCUCUCCCUUCUUCCAGGACAAACUGCUGCUCGGCCACUCUGAGAUCCGCGUGCCGCCUGUGGUGCCCGCGCAGACGGUGCGCCAGCUCGUCGAGUUCCUCUACAGCGGCUCGCUCGUGGUGGCGCAGGGUGAAGCGCUGCAGGUGCUCACGGCCGCGUCGGUGCUGCGCAUCCAGACGGUCAUAGACGAAUGCACGCAAAUCAUAGCCCGCGCCCGCGCCCCCGCCCCGGGCACCCCCGCGCCCGCGCCCCUGCCCACGCCCGUGCCCCCGCCGCUCGCACCCGCGCAGCUGCGCCACCGCCUGCGCCACUUGCUGACCGCGCGCCCCCCGGGCCACCCUGGUGCCGCGCACACACGCAAGCAGCGCCAGCCCGCGCGCCUGCAGCUGCCCGCGCCCCCCGCGCCUGCCAAGGUGGAGGGAUCGGAUGCUGACCCUGCCCUGACAGCUGCCCCGGACGACGGCGGGGACGACGACGACGACGAGACCGAUGAGGAGACCGACGGCGAGGAUGGCGAAGGCGGCGGCCCGGGUGAGGGCCAGGCGCCCCCUUCUUUCCCCGACUGCGCAGCCGGCUUCCUACCCGCGGCCGGGGACGGCGCGCGCGAGGCGCCGCCUGCGCCCGCCGGCCUCUCCGAUUACGGCGGCGCCGGGAGGGACUUCCUCCGGGGGACUUCGGCUGCCGAGGACGUGUUCCCCGACAGCUACGUCUCCGCUUGGCAAGACGGAGAUCAAACCGCCCCUGAAGGCUGUCCCGCCGAGACCCCUGCCCCACCCGACUGUGUCCUGUCCGGACCCCGCCCACCUGGCGUGAAGACCCCCGGGCCGCCCGUCGCGCUUUUCCCCUUUCAUCUGGGCGCUCCUGGGCCGCCAGCGCAACCCCCUCCCGCGCCCUCGGGGCCGGCCCCUGCGCCCCCACCCGCCUUCUACCCAGCGCUCCAGCCGGACGCAGCUCCCAGCGCGCCUCUAGGGGAGGCCCCGGCCCCACCGGCCGCUGCCAGCGCAGCCCCCUCGACCACCCCUGCGCGCGCCCCGGGUGCCGAGCCGCCCGCCUAUGAGUGCAGUCACUGCCACAAGACGUUCAGCUCCCGGAAGAACUACACCAAGCACAUGUUCAUCCACUCGGGGGAGAAGCCCCACCAGUGCGCCGUGUGCUGGCGAUCCUUCUCGCUGCGCGACUACCUGCUCAAGCACAUGGUCACGCACACGGGCGUGCGCGCCUUCCAGUGCGCCGUCUGCGCCAAGCGCUUCACGCAGAAGAGCUCGCUCAACGUGCACAUGCGCACCCACCGGCCGGAGCGCGCGCCGUGCCCCGCCUGCGGCAAGGUCUUCUCACACCGCGCGCUGCUGGAGCGCCACCUGGCCGCGCACCCUGCGCCCUGAUCCGGGCCUGGGGCCUGGCCACGCCCACCGAGGGAUCGGUCAAGCCCCACCGCUGUCACGCCUGCCGCGGCCACUUGACCACGUUCCCGCCACCAGUCCACGCUUUCUCCUGAGAGCAGGCCCUCCUCCUGCUUCCACCCUUCUCUCCAGCCCAGCCCGCCUUAUUCCUCUCCUCCUACGUACUCGGCCCUCCGGGUGGGGGCUGGCUGGGGAUGGUCGGGGGCCCGACCACCUCUGAGAACUGGAUCAUCUCCAGUCUGAACUAGGGCUCAACCAUGGUGCGGGGCCCAGGAUUCAUGGUUCCGACUCUGGUUCACGCCCCUCCCCUCCCAUGAGUGGGGUGGGGUCUGCUCCCCUGCCCCUGUGUCAGGCCGGGAAAUGUCCCGGGCUCCCCGACCCGAGCUAAUCCUCCCUCAUCUGGGGCCCGGGGCGUCUCAGGUGGGCCCCUCGUGGACUGAGGCCUGGUCUUGCGACCCCUGCUCUGUAAUAAAGGACUGUGGGCCGUGGGGCCAAAACCCGGAA